UUCAUGCUCUGUCUCUCUCUGUCUCAAAAAUAAAUAAAAAUGUUAAAAAAAAAAUAAAUGACUGUGACAGGUCAUGUGACUUAAAUGUGUGUGUGUGUCCCCAAGUAUUUGCUAUCUUAGUUAUUGUUUCCAUAUAUACAAAAGUCUCUGAACUUUCACUGUUUCUACCAAUACCUGUUCAUCACUCUAGCUUUACCAUCCUUCCUGACAUCUAGUGAGAAGAUGCCCUCACCUUGUCCUUCCUCAGGUACAGGCAGCAGUAUUCGGCUACUCCUGGAUCUUUGUUUUUCCAUAGAAAUUUUACAAUCUGCUCUUCAAGACCCAUCUACUCCCCCAAAAGAGAAAGGUGUCCUGUUGGGAUCUGAAUUGGAUUUUUUUUUUUUUGUAUAUUUAAAAGAUUAUUCUUUAGAAUGUUAUAGUAAGAUAGAUGAUAAGCUGCAUGUAUGUGAAGUGUGUAAUUUGCUGAGUUUUGUGAAAGGAUCAACAGGCCUGUGGCUACAGAUUUACUGCACUCGUCCUCGGAAGAGGAAAAGAAAAAACGUGAAACGAAAUGGCUAGUUCAAAGACCAAAUUCCUAUAUUAUGGAUGUAAAAUGUCCAGGUUGCUCCAAGAUUAUCACGGUUCUCAGCCAUGCUCAGACUGUGGCUCUCUGUGGAGGCCGUUCAGCAGUGUCGUGCCAGCCCACAGGAGGAAAGGCCAGACUCACAGAGGGGUGUUCAUUUAGAAGAAAGCAACACUAAUGAUCCACACAACCUCUUGAAUUUGUGUUAAGUCACAGAAAGCCUUAUUCAGUAAUUCCAGUUAAUCUACCAAAAUACUGGAAUUAUGUUUAAUUUUGUAAGGUAUACAACAGUGAUCUAUUUUGGUGUCUGUUUUUUUUUUUUUUUCUUUUUCAACAUUUAUUUAUUU